AAAUCUCUUUCAGAAUGUCAAAACUACCAAACCUUGACAGGCGCUGAUAGGAAAACUUCGUACAGGAAAGUUUCUUCUCCAAUACAUGACGUAAUCGGCCCCGGGUGGUUUCGGUUUCAAGGCGCAGCGGGAACAAGGAUGGCUACAUCGUGUCCACCUUUGUACAGAUGUAAUACUAAUGCACCCGGUUGGUUAAAUGGUGGUCAUCCAUCAGUAGCUGCUGGUCAAGUAACAAGACAGGUCUGUUUUAACUGGAAUGGUUUGUGUUGCCAUGGUACCGUCAAUGUCCAAGUGAGAAACUGUGGAUCGUACUAUGUAUACUACCUGAGAGAAUAUGGGGGUGUUACUCGCUACUGUGGCAGUGACUAA